AUGAAGCUUACCCUCCUCGCCCCGGCACUCGUGGCGCUGGCCCCCCUCGCCUCGGCCUACCCAUGGAUGGCUGAAGAGGCCCAGCGCGACCUCGACGCUUACAGCCGCCUGUCUGCGCGUGACCUCGAGGCGCGUGCCGACAACCCCAUCUUUGGCAGUGUCCUGGGCUUCCUCCAGGGGGUGACUGCCCUUCCUGGCCAGAUCGCAAACCUCACCAACGCGAUCAAGGAGGCACAGGACGCCCUCGGCGCCGUCCCUGGCAACCCCGACGCGCGCAUCAAGCUCCCCUGGAACCAGAUCACCCCCGAGGCCAUCUACGAGACUCUGGGCAUCAAGCGCGUCCCCGAUGCCAGCGACCACAAGCGUGGCCUCGUCAAGGCCUGGGGACCGGCCGAGAACGACCAGCACCCUUACAUCCCCUACGACCCCCGCAACCCCGACCACGCUGGUUGGCAGCGCGGCCCUUGCCCCGGCCUCAACACUGUCGCCAACCACGGCUACAUCCCCCGUAACGGUAUCGUCAACCCCGUCGACCUGUUCAUCGGCCUGUUUGAAGGUCUCUCGCUGUCCCCCGACCUCUGUGCCCUCCUCUGCUUUGCUGGCUUUGUGUGGAAGGGUGACCUUCUCACGAUGACCAUGUCGAUUGGCGGCAACAAGGACGUCAGCGGCAAGGUUAUCCGCCAGGCCCCCGGUAUCUCGCAGCACGGCUUCCUCGAGGGCGACGCGUCCAUGACCCGUGGCGAUGCUGCCAUCGGUGACCAGGUGCACCUCAACCAGACCAGGUACCAGCGUCUCAAGCACUACUCUGGUGCCGGCACCGGCAAGUUCGACAUCACCAUUGGCUCGCUCGGCGCCAGCCGCAAGGAGGUGUACGACGACUGCGUCAAGAAUAACCCCAAGUGCGACAUCAACCCCCUCCGCAUGGUCGUCAUGUACGCCGAGAGUGGCUUCGGCCACGAGGUGUUCCGCGGCAGUGGCCAGGUGUUGACUGAGGACAUCCUCGACCACUUCUUCAUUCAGGAGCGCUUCCCACCCGGAUGGUCGCGCCGCUUCACCCCUGUCACCUCGGUCGAGAUGGGUGCGUGGGGUGCUGCCGUGUGGGCUUCCAACCCCGUCAUCCCGGGCAUCUCGCUUGGUGGCAUCUUCCUGCCCGUCCCCACCAUCAACAGCCUGCUCCAGAUUGGCAGCGCCUUCAAUGGUGGCAAGCCCAACUUUGGCUUGCUCAAGGGAGCGUUCUGCAGUGUUCUUGGGCUUGUGCUUGGCUUUGUGCCCGGCACCAUCACCGAUGGCCUUGCGUCGGUCAACGUCCCAGGCUUCUCCAACCUCGCGGCGUGCUAG